AGCUCUCACUGUUUCUGCGUGAAGAACAGUGCAGUUUUUGUGUUCUGAAUUUCAUAACGAUGCAAAAUAUCUAUUCUGAGUCGAAUUCAAACGAGAUUUUGAGUGUUCGUCAACACAUUUUUCUGGAUUGUGCUGUUGUAUUAGUUUUGCAUUUGAUUCGGUUGUGAUUUUUGACUAACAGGACAUUUGCACAACGACAAGAGCACAAUAUUCGAAAUUCAGCAUAGCAUUGGCAGUUUGGUGUCGGAAUUCGUUGAGGCAAGAAUAUUUUCAUAACAAAUCGAAGUGUGACUGUGGCGAUCGAAUCCAUUAGAAUCGAAUUGACAGCUCUUACUGUUGCUGCGUGAGGAACAAUGCAGUUUUUGUGUUCUGAAUCUCAUACCGAUGUUUACUUUGAGUCGAAUUCAGACGAGAUUUUGAGUGUUCAUCAACACAUUUUUCUGGAUUGUGCUGUUGUAUUAGUUUUGCAUUUAAUUCGGUUGUGAUUUUUGACUAACAGGACAUUUGCAAAACGACAAGAGCACAAUAUUCGAAAUUCAGCAUUGCAUGGUCAGUUUGGUGUCAGAAUUCGUUGAGAUCAAAUUUGGUGAGCAUGAAGAGAAAGCGGGCCCAGAACGGGCGACUGAGAUCGGUCAAACUAUCGCUGAAUUCGGUUCUCCGGGAUCAAUAUCGCGCGAAUUUUGUGGCACAAGUCACCAAUUGGUGCCACACAGCCACCGUCAUCACCGUUUUGGCGUCAUUGUUGUUUCUCUUCGAGAACAACCGAGCAUUCGAUGAAGAUAACCAUGACUUCUUCAGAGGCAAUGGAUACGAAUUGAUCAAGGAUUGCUUCAAGAACAUUUUGAACGAGAACCGACACAAAUUGCCGUUGGCCUUCCGCCAAAUAAUCGAAACAGCAGUGCCGAACUUCCGAUGGCCACAACGUGAAGGCAUGGGAAACGCAUUCAAUCAGCUCAUUGAUCAAUACACCGCCAAUGUGAAGAACAACAUCAAAAUGUAUAGCUACACCCGUAUCAAAACGUUUUUCGUGCUGCAACGGUAUGAGCUCAAUUUGCUUGGCCAUAACAUCAGCGACAUCGAUGUGAAAAAUGCCACCAAAUCAGUUAUGUUCAACAAUAUAGUACCAAGUGCGAAUGUGGUGUGGCUGCUCGAGCAAGCGCGUAUGAUCGGAAUACCAGUCGGUAAGAAGUUAUGUGAUCUCGUCCGUGGUAGUUGGUUCCAGACAAUACCGAUAUUCAUCACCAUUCAACGGCUAGUGUUCAACCACCAUGAAAGAUACGAGCUCUUGAAUGAUCUCUGGCGCCGAUAUUAUCGGGAUCGAUUACACAACGCCAUGCCAUCCAUUGCACGCCCACCGAAAAUAAAAAACUUUCGUGUAAUUCCGAUUCAUGACUUCAAGAUGAAGCACAUCCGGAUCGAUAUUCAUCUGUUCUAUCAAAUGGCGUGCAAAUUGGGUGCCAUCAAGUUGGCAAAAGGAUUGUUUGGCCAGCCGGUUAACAUUUCGAAAAAGGUCUACGACAGCAAUCCAUUUGUGUCCUGGGACACAAUAUUCAACAUGGACAAGAUUCAGAAAGUCGGCAAUCGCAAGACAUUUGACUACACAAUCGUGACGGAUAGUGUGGCUGUUUCGUUGUGUUUCCUGAAGCCAGAAUGCCCCUCACACGAAUAUUCGCACGAGCAAAUCAACGAAAUUUACGAAAAUGGUGUUUUCCGCUUCGUGCUUGGCAUGGAUCCUGGUGUGCGAACCUGGAAUGCCACGGUGCGAAAACAUAUCGCAUCCGGUGUGGAAGAAAACAUCACGAUCGACGGUCCGAAAUACCAUUUUCGAGCGAAAUAUGGCAAACGAAAGCGCAAAUCGGAAAAAUGGCUACGAUUGUUCACCGAAUUGGAGCAACAUGACCGAAAUCAAUAUCCAUUCUAUCCAUCGCCCAAGGGAGCCUCAAAUUGGAUGAGUUACAUCGAACAUCGUGUGAAAAUGUUGCAGCCUGGAAUGGAGGUUUACACAGCACGCAAAUACAUUCGCCUCAAUCUCGAUAAACAUAUCGAGGAGACCCGUGCAAGUGAUACCAUCGCUGCUUUUUUGACCAGAAAAUUGCCAUCGCUCAUUUUCCUUGGUGCAGCUCAAAUGGCUCCAAAUUCGCCAAUUGGUAUUAAGAAACGGUUGCGGUGCCCUGGUGUACGGAAACUACUGAACAGCUUCAAGAAACUGCACAAUUGUGUGGUGGUGAUGGUUGACGAGUACAAAACAUCGCAGACGUGUGCAAAGUGCUUUCGGCCAUUUGAUCGACGUACAAAAAAGGACCGCUACAAAGUCUGCCGUCAGUGCAUUCCACAUGCAGCAAACAUCACGACUGACAAACACCUGAGCAGUGUGAUCAUCAGCAAGAAAAGCAACCGGUCGUAUCAACGAGAGCGACGACAUGUUGUUGCGGAAUAUGAACGAUUGAAUGUACAUCCAGUGUAUUCACAUGGUUUAGUGCCGAAACUCAAUGUAUGGUUCAAAAACUGGCAGCUAAACACUGAUAACACAUGGAACGAUUCACGUCAUCCACAUCAACAGAACACUGUUUGGCAUCGGGAUGAAGUCGCUGCCAAGUGCAUAUUGUACAAAGGUCUUUGUAUGAUAAAGGGCUUGGAUGUGCAUCCGCAACUGUCGAGACAACAUCAUGCAGCAGCUGCAGCCGCGCAGAACAAUGCCGAAGGCGACCAAGAUGACAACGAUAGCGACAGCGACGAUGAUUACGUUUACGUUCUCGACGACGUGUCCGAUGAAGAAUAGUUUUUAGUUGAUGUAGGAUUAAGUUUUCAAACAAUAAUAAUUGUAACGUUUUGUUACUUUGCUGGGCUUUGAGUAUUGUGGCCUUGUCCGAAGUACGGGGCUUAGUCGGAUCAUAUAAAAUACCUCGUAGGUGA